UAUAUUAAUGUACAAACUGAGACGGGAUAUACACCCAGAAAUAGCCACCAAGAUGGUGCCGGGUAUCUCCGUCAUCAGUUGAAUUCGCGAUGCGUAGCAUCAGUCGGUGGUCUUCCACACUGCAUAACACAGGCCGACUUUAAUAUGAAGAUUUAA